GUGCUGCCGCGAGCUCCGUCCAAAAGAAAAUGGGGUUUGGUGUAAAUCUGGGGGUGUAAUGUUAUCAUAUAUCACGCUACCUCGUAAAACCGACACUGAAAGCUGCCGGACAACAAAUCACAGGUCAAAAUUAUGAGUUCUUCGUAUUAUGUGAACGCGCUUUUUAGCAAAUAUACGGCGGGGGCUUCUCUGUUCCAAAAUGCCGAACCUACUUCUUGCUCCUUUGCGCCCAACUCUCAGAGAAGCGGCUACGGGGCGGGCGCCGGCGCCUUCGCCUCCACGGUACCGGGCUUAUACAAUGUCAACAGCCCCCUCUAUCAGAGCCCCUUCGCAUCGGGCUACGGCCUGGGCGCCGACGCCUACGGCAACCUGCCCUGCGCCUCCUACGACCAAAACAUCCCCGGGCUCUGCAGUGACCUCGCCAAAGGCGCCUGCGACAAGGCAGACGAGGGCGCGCUGCACGGCCCAGCCGAGGCCAAUUUCCGCAUCUACCCCUGGAUGAGGUCUUCAGGACCUGACAGGAAGCGAGGUCGCCAAACCUAUACGCGCUACCAGACGCUGGAGCUGGAGAAGGAGUUCCACUUCAAUCGCUACCUGACGCGGCGGCGCCGCAUCGAGAUCGCCCACGCGCUCUGCCUCACUGAGCGCCAGAUCAAGAUCUGGUUCCAGAACCGCCGCAUGAAGUGGAAGAAAGAACAUAAGGACGAGGGUCCAUCCGCCACUGCAGUCCCUGAGGGUGCAGUGCCCUCCGCUGCUGCUACUGCCGCUGUCGCGGACAAGGCCGAUGAGGAGGAGGAAGAUGAAGAGGAGGACGAAGAGGAGGAGGAAUGAAGGGCCACACUGGGGCCCUGGCUGCACUGGACAGUCAGAAAAGCGUCUUUGAGAAACUCACUGGUUUUAUUUACAAAAAUGGGGAAAAUAAAAAGAAAAUGUAAAAAA